AUGGUUCUCCAGAGCUUGGCCUCCUUUGUGUGCAACUUCAUCGGCAUCCCGAAGCGCCCUGCAAAGACUAAGCAAGUGGUGCAGUAUGAAGAACCCGGGUCCGGUUGCAAUCCGGAGAAUGUUGGCAGGGACGGACUUUCAAACAUGGAUUCACCAUCCCCGCCGAGCUCGGGCGAAGUGUGCCGGUGCUGCGUGUGCCUGUCGGGCAUGAAGGACGGCGAGGACCUGCGCGUCCUGCCCUGCACACACAGGUUCCACGGGCCAUGCAUCGACCGGUGGUUCAGCGGGCCUCGCAAGAGGACAUGCCCGAUGUGCCGGUUCAUGUUAGACGGAGGCAGCGGGGAGGUUGCAUCCCGGAGGUGGGAAGAGCUCACUGAAGAGAUGGCGAUAUGGUUCUCAUCAUUCCAUGUGGCCGGAUUCUGA